AUGAGUCAACUGUCGUUAGAUAAUGUCUUUUGUGUGACGGAAUACUUACCAAUUCGUGAUGUGGGAGCUGUUCUUUGUGUUUGCAAAGAUUGGCAUUCUCUGGACAAGUACGAAUUUUUCUGGAAGACACUAUUUCAACACUAUCUCGUUUUCACCAUCAUUGAAAAGUUUAACAAAAUGGUUAAAUUUAAUGUCAAGACAACUUUAACAGAAAUACAAGUCAAGGAAGCACUUCUUUCCUCCGAGAGGGACAUGAAGAAGAUUCAACCUAUUUUGCAAGCUCUCCGUUCAUUGAAAUCCACAACAGGACAAAAGAAUGAGCCACCCUUCGUGUUGGCUAAAGCUAUUUUACAUUCUACUAUUACCUCAUACGAUCUUCAUGUGUUGAAGGAUAAAACAGCAUUGAGAAUUUCAUUGAAUAGAAGUGAAAGUGAUUUAGGAAAUUCAAAUAAUUCAUCACUGAUUGGAAAUCGAUUCAAACACUUGAUGGAAAAACAAAUUAUUUCAAUAGGAUCCAUUACAAUGACAUCCUAUUUCUCAUCGAUGAGUUAUUUCUUGAAGAAUUAUAAGGAAGAAACUGUAAUGAGCUUUGUUUCUGUAUUGAUGGGAAAUAAUCUCCAAAAUCAAAUGAUUAUUUAUAAUUUGAAACAAUUACCAAGUGAACAGGAGGAGAUUCAGAAUACUAUCUUCACAAAUCUUUUAAAAUCAAACACUAUCUAUUCAAAAUAUUGGGAAGUAAUGAUAGAAAUCUCGUUAGAAACCUUUCCAUAUCUUAUAAGAAAGGAAUAUCUAGAGACUACAUUGAAAAAACUCUUUGAUUCGUUUAAUAUGAAUGUCAAACUUUGCUGGAUUUCAACCAUCUUCUGCAAUUUUGAUUAUUACGAGAGUAGUUUUGAUUUGAUUUUAGAAUUAUGCAUCAAGUAUCAAAUUGAUUCAAAAGAUACCAUUUCAGAUACUUUCUUUUUGGAUGUAUUCUAUUUGGAAAAGCAUAAUUAUGAUAACGAAACACGCAUCAAGAUUUCAAUUGAGUAUUUGAAAUUUUUGGAAAAUUUUCAAACUAAGGAACAAAUUAUUUCAACCAUGAUUGAAAAAUCCAAUUAUUUGGGAUUUAUUUCUAAAUUGACCACUGAAGGUGAAGAGUAUUUAUCCAAGUUUCUUGAUUCCUAUCCUAUUCCAUAUGAGAAAUUUUCCAUUGUUAACUUUCUCUCAUAUCAUGCUUUUACAAAUAUUGUUACCUUCCUCAUUUAUACAAGACGAAAGGGAUACAAAUUCCCUCAAGCUCACAUUGAGCAACUACCGAAAUGUGAUAUAUGGUACUAUUCGAAACAAUCCUCUGGAAUUAUUAGAUACAUGCUCGAUAACUUUGAACACAACAUUUAUGAAUUGGAUGAUAGAAAUUUAUUCUUUAAAGAUCUUGUGAAAAGUUUUUCUCACUACUUUUUUGAUGAGAUUAAGGGAGAAUUUGAAACAUUAUUUGGAGAUGAACCAAUUGAUUUGGAGAGACUUGGUCAGAAUCAUCCGAACAUAUUCACAGAGGAGACUACUACUAUUCUUCUCCAUAUUUACUCAGUGCCUGAUCCAGUUGAGUUUAUUGAAUUUUGCAAGAAACGUUUCAUCCAGAAUAUUUUCAACUAG